AUGUCCAACGCUCUGACCCAGCAUGAUCCCAUCAUGCAGUCUUACAAAAAGAGACGCCUAGCCGAGGAAGCGGAGAGGCAGAGGGAGAAGAGAAGGCAGGAGCGGGAGAAGCAGAAGAAAGCGAAAGAGCUGGAGAAGGAAGCUGCUAAGGCGAGCAAGUAA